UUGACAGCGUUAAGAGCUGAUGAAUAGAGUUGGAGGAAGGGGGCGAAAGGAUCUAAUGUGGAGAGCCUCACACUUGGUGGAUUAAUACAACACACCCGUUUUGGAUCGCUCUCGGGCAGCUUUUCUUUUUUUUGCAUCUAUUUGCCACUUAACACCCAAAUCAGUUUGCGGUUCCCUACCUCCUGCUGGGUCUUAACACGGUAAAUCCAUGUCAUCCCCGUGCCUGAGCAGCAUCCUGACCCAUGCGAACCUCACCAUGUACCAGCCUGGUACCCCCGAUGCCCUGCAGCAGCAGUGCACUGUGCCCGCCCAGCUUCCCGCCAUCAACACGAUGACAACCCCGGACCACAGCUUCGGUGUAAUGGGCCAGUGGUAUAAACACGUCAACCCUCAGCACUGGACCAUGGACAACGUUCUGGAGUGGAUCAGCGACCACAUUGACAGCAUUAAGUUUGAUGCAAACACGCUAUAUCUGGACUACUGCACAAUGGAUGGGGACACCCUAUGCCAAAUGAACCAAGGCCAGAUGGUUGGCAUCUUCGGUCAACAGCUUGGCCCACAUCUCUACCAGAGUCUCCAGGAGCACAAGAAUAAGCACGAACUUCAGGUCCUUUCUGGGACAGAUUUGAGUGAGACGUGUCAGCUUCUGGAAGGGUUCCUGGACAACCUAAACUUCCCUUUUCUCAGCACACUGAAAGUCGCAGAAGCAGCUUGUGACAACAAGAGGGAAUUUGACUAUGGGACCAAAUAUGACCUGCCACACCUGACCAUGCUCCCCAUGAACCCUCUGAGAGAAACAGACUACCUGUCAGACAGCGAGUACAGCUCUUCCUCCUCCGGUGGUGGAUUCGGCUUCCAGACCCCCAGUUCUCCAGAGUCCAGGAGCAGCGAUUCAGACCCCGAGUUUUCCUGCCCUCAGAUUGCAAAAGAGAACAUCAAAAUUGAGAAAGAGGAGUUGAGAGUGAAAAGACCAAGGGGGCGACCCCCUAAACGCAGCCGAAACCAUGACAGCCCCUUCAACGAUAAUUUGAAAAAAAGCAAAAGUGCGCCUCGCAGUGCCCACCUAUGGGAAUUCAUUCGGGACAUCCUGAUCCACCCUGAGAGGAACCAGGGCCUGAUGAAGUGGGAAGACAGGCGGGAGGGGGUCUUCAAGUUCCUCAAGUCGGAGGCUGUCGCCCAGAUGUGGGGGCAAAAGAAGAAAAACACCAGCAUGACUUACGAAAAACUGAGCCGUGCAAUGAGGUACUACUACAAGAGAGAGAUUUUGGAGCGGGUGGAUGGCCGGCGCCUGGUCUACAAGUUUGGAAAAAACUCUAGUGGCUGGAAGAUUGAGGAAAUUGGCAUGACCGCGUGAGGGUCAGGCGACAAGCUUGUAAAAAGCAAAAGCCAAACGAAAGACAGCAGUGGAAAACUUUGAAAUACCAGUGCAGCCUCUCCUAUCCCAGACUGGAUGACACCCCGUUGUUUACUGAUCCUUAACGUCAAAGACUAAAGACGCUUCUUUCUUAAAGGGGAGAUGUUUCAAAAAAAUGUAAGCCAGUGUUUAUGGCUCUAGUAGGUUUUAUGAACCAAUGGGUUCAUAGUUUUACAUUGUACCAAUGUAAAACUAUGACUUUUGCUUUACUUAUUUUUUUUUCACUUUUCAGUUAGUAACAACAAUAUGUGCGUGGUAAUUGGGUGAAAAUAUUUUUCUGCAUACUAAUUUUGGAAUUUAGGUCAGCCGUUAUCGGUGUACGUUGUGUAUGUAAAAUGCUGUAUCAGUUUUAACUUCGAUGGUACCACACUGUCCCUGGAUCUACACUUGUAGGGGAUUAAAUUGUGCCAAAUAUAUAUAUAUAUAUAUAUAUAUAUAUAUAUAUAUAUAUAUAUAUAUAUAUAUAUAUAUAUAUAUAAUUUCUUAUUACAGGUUGUGAAAUUGUGCAUUACCAACACACAUUUAUCUGUCACUUAAUGAUUGUACUUCUGUAUGGCACUGGAGACAUCUUCUUUUCAUUGAAUUUAUUACUGAUUCCUUUUAUUGCUGUUAUAUUUGCUGUUAUUUGUAGGGAAUGAAACGGCCCCUGCUCUCAACUUAACACUUUUGUUUUUAUUUUGUCAUUUUGAGUGGUAUCUGCAAUUUUACGAAAGGCAUUUAUAAAUUUAUAAUUUAUAUAAUAAAUAUAUUAUAUGUAAUAAAUGUAAUAAAUUUAUAAUUGUCUUUAUAAAGAGGAAAGCUUAGCGAUGUGACUUGAAUUAAACUGGCAAACCUAAUAUGAAGAACAAAAGCAAGGCGAGAGAGGGCGACACCGGGGAGAUAUGCUACUUUAGAAAGACUGCAGACGAUUUACUGUGCCUGUUUAAAUGCCAUAAUGACGCAUAUGUUUUUUUUUCUACAUAUAUUUUGGUAUCACGUGUGUAAAAGUUGCUUACACGGUGUUUCAGAAGUAACUCAGAAGUACUUAGUCUCAAAGGUUUUUUGUUUUUUUUAACAGAGUUUUGUCGUUUGUAAAGUUUGUACAAAAUGCUUAAAGAUCUCUUGCACUUGAUCUGUUUGAUUAAUUUCAUUAUGAAGCAGUUUUAUCCACUAUGGAUUAUUCAUCACGUAUGAGAACUAAAUCUCACCUUGUUUCAUUGUUGCGUAUCUGUUCAUGUAAGAUAUUGUUUUUGUAGAAAUCAACUUUGACAUAAAAUAAACGUGUUUUCUUUUGAGUCA